CAUAUGCCCAUGGCCGCACUUCUCCGAAACUCCCCCCCUCUCUCUCUCUCUCUGCAUCGUGAUGCGUUUUGCAGUAAACUAUGGCGAACAGUUGAUUUUCCUCCAUUAAAGUAAGACUACGAAGACCGACAGCUUUAUAUGUAGCGGCACAGAGAGGCGCUGUCUUUUCCGUAAUCGCCGUCCUGGUCGCGGUCCCAGAUCGGCCUUGAGGGGAGAAGCGAAUAUGGAGGCAGAGAAUAAGGUCAGAAGGACGAGGGAGACGGACGAUCCGGAUCGGAGCAAGAAGAGGAAGCUGACGGCGGUGCUGGAGGCGACGCCGGCGGAGGGGUCGCCGCCGAGCGAGGCGGAGGUGGAGGAGUUCUUCGCUAUCGUGCGGCGGAUGCACGUGGCGGUGAAGUACUUCGGGAGGGCCGCCGGCGGGGGCAACGCCGUGGGGGACGAGCGGGGCAAGGUGUGGAGAUCGGCGCUGGAGAGCGGCGCGGGGACCGCGGCUGCCGACCACGGGGACGCCGGGGAGGUGGCGAAGGAGAAGAGACCCGACGCGGCGUCCGCGGAGGCGAACGGAGGCUUCGACUUGAACGCCGUGCCGGAAGAGAUCCCCGGUGACGAUUAGAGGCGGUGGCCGGCGCGCGCGGGGAUUGUCCUCCUCCUCCGUCGUGUUAGCCGCCCCCUCUUUUUGUUUUUUU